AUGCCUCUCAGGAAUUCAAGUUUUAAAGAAAUAAAACCUCUCCUUCCAGAUAAUCAGAGACUGAAUAUUGAAAUAAAUCAGAAUCCACGGAAAUCUACUAGAGAAAAGGAUUUCAACAAGCUUAUUACAAAGGCGUCAAAGAAGAAUGGACCACAGUUUAAUUCAAAGGAUAAACAAAACAUUUUUGGUCCGGCAAAUGAUGUGGGGGAUGUGCACGAGAAUUACGCCCACGUACAUCACGAAACACAUAUCUGCCAAGAGUUACGCAGGUCCUUUUUACCAACCGGAAAUAAUCAUAAUCCGGAGGCUUAUAAAAUGAAGAAAUUUGAGGUUUCUUACCCUCCAAUUUUACCAUCGCAACCAAGAAUAACGGUAUCCCAAAGCAAAGAUUAUGGAGAUGCAGCAGAAUUUAUUAAACUGUCUAAAGAAACUGAUUUCAUGAAGGACAACUUUGGACAGUUUACCAAUCCAAAAUAUUCCUAUAUUGGUGGCAUGGACCCUCAGCAGCUAGUUGGUAUCCCUCACCAUUUCAAUCCUAGAACUGCCCGAAGCAUGUCACAUAACGAAAAGGUAAACCUGUGGAUAGACAGAAUUCCGUUAUGGAAACCUGAUGGCAUGCCUUGGCACAAUAGGUGUUUCUCGGUGGAUUAUUCGUUAGAUUGGGACGAAGUUGAAUUUGACAAGGACGUUUUGGACGAGUCCUUUGUUAUAUCAACUACUGAUAAUGAGGAGCUGGUGUAUCUUCAGAGUAAAAAAAUUGACUGUUUAACGAGAAGGAUGUAUAAUAUGGAGGAGUGGACGGCGUAG